AUGGGCAUCGAGCAUGAAGCUAGGCUGCUGAACCCGCCGGGACGCUACGACAGCGACGUGAUGGUUUGGAGGGAACUUCCACAACAUGCCGCCUCCGCCGGGGCGCCCAACACCGAAGCGGCGACUCCGCGUGCUUCAUCUUCAUGGGUGCCGGAGUUGGCGAUUCCGGGGGUGGUGGGGAGCGCAGCGGCGGCGGCGACGACGAUGGGCCGCAGCGCGGUGGCGGCCCCAAUUGCAAGCGGUCCAUAUCGCAAUGUUACACUAGCCGCUUCGCCACCGGAGCAUCCGCAGGAAUAUUCGCCACAGCUGCCUCUGCAAACACUGCAACUACCACGGCGCUCGCUGCUGCCGCCGAACCCGCAGCAACCGCUACCACAACAGCAACAGCAGCAAAUCGAACUGGUGCCGGUCGCCGCUGCCGCUCGGUCGGCGGAGUGCAUGUCAGGACAGUCUCUGCCGGGUUAUCCCGCGGACUAUAACGGCUACAGAGGGAUGCCGUGUUCGGAGCCCAACAACGCCGCGAGCAGCAGGUGCCUCCCCGGCAGCGAGUCAUCCUGCGGCCCCUAUCCCUUUGGCUUAGACCGCCACGCCGCCGGCUUAGGCGCUGACAACCCGCUAUGGGAAUCCAGCGCUCAGAUGGCCUCAGGCGUGAGCUACGUGUCCUCCGCCGCCGCCGCCGCUGGCGCCGGCGCCGGGGCGGCCGCCGACAGCUGGAUGGGGCAUGAUGGCCGUUUUGUGGAGGACCACAAGGUUCGAGUUAAUCCCACUGCCUUGGCGCGCGUGCCGGCAUUGAGGCCGCCGCCGCCGCCGCCACCCUCGCCCUUCUUACCGGAGAUUGCCGUCGCACCCACGCCCGGCUUCGAGCCGCCACGGCGGCCACUGCUACCGCAACAACAGCAGCAGCAGCAGCAGCAGCUAGGGAUGCAUGGCGGAAUGCCAGGCGGACCGCCACCGCCGCCACCGCCACCGCCACCAGGAUCUGGACAGCAGUCCCGGCAGCCAUGGGCUCCGUUGCCCAGAUACGGCCAGCUAGGACUACUCCACCACCACCACCGAGCAGCGCUGCCCCCGACGACGUUGUGCAACAUCCCACCACGGGGUCUCAGGUCGCCCGACCUGCAAGCGGCGUCCGAGGACGGGGGGACAGAGGUAGACGGAGAGCGCGGAGGAGGAGGAGAAGAGGAGGAAGCGGCAGGGGAUGGUACGGCGGGCUCGGUGGAUGGGGUACAUGUACAUCACGGAAGCCGCGGCGGCUCCGGAACCAUCAGGACAGGCCUGGAAAAGGCUAUGGGCGCCCGCAUGAUUGGUCCAGCCGCGGAUGGUCGCGUGAAAAAGGAUGCGACCCGGAGGGGCGAGACGAGGGAGGUAAAGCACAAGGUCGCCAAGGAUCCAGUCCUAGGAUCAGGCGGGAAAGGUGGGAAUGUAAGGCCGACGGUGGUGUCCGCAAAACCUGCCAAGGCGCUGCCUCCGUAUCGUCCAUGGCGGGAGGCAGCUACAGUGCAAGCGACAAGGUCGACGGCAGGAAUGGCACGUGAGCUGGACGGGGCAUUACCGGUGACGUGCAACUACAUCGACGGCUGGUUCCUGCUGCGACAUCAGUUGGUGGCUUGCGACUGCGUGGGUUGUGUGGGCCCCAAUGAGAACGGCAAGAGGGUUUGUUGGACCCUCGUCGGCUUUGAGGAACAUGCAGGCUCCGCUCCUCCAGCGACCCACAAAAUCGCUGUUGCAGCAGCCAUAGCGGAUGCAGUGGAGCGAAAAGGGGCCCCAGUCGCGGCAGUUGGAACGCCGCAUUCGAAAUCGCCGCCGGCGCCGGGAGGUGAAGCCGCAAAGCGACCGAGGCUUGACAUUACGGCUACCACUGGCCCUCGUGCUGAACCUCUCGAGGCCGAAACCGCCACUGUCGACGACGACUACUCAUUUACCGACGACAAGGCUGGCCGAUUUGAGGUCGGGAUUGUAAAUCCUGACGUCGAUGUGAGUGGCUGGGAGGGUCUAGAGCCUGUUGUUAAGCGACCAGAUUCCGUACUAUGCCAACCCGCCUGGCUUCAAGUUUGUAGUUUGAUAGCUGAGAAGGCUCAAGGGUCGGGGGGCCCCCCACAGCUGUCAUAA